AUCAACCGUAAACAACCGUAAACAUCUAUCGUGAAAUUCGAUGUUAGUUAGUAAAGAAGUCUUAAAAUCAAAUCAAUUGUUUAAAAAUGUUUGUUACCUCAUGGAGGUAUGAGACAUGGUGCCUAGAUUGCAUUUAUCUGAAAUGACCAUUGACUGCAGGAGCCUACGGGUAUUCCAAAUGAGAUAACAGAGAAGUAAAUUUAUGAUUUAAGUACGUGUCCAACAUGGGUGCAACAGUGUCAAAACGAGCACGUAGUGAGCAGGAGAAAGAAGCUCUGGCUGAUAUGCGGCAGUCUAUCCCUGGAGGCUUGUUUUUUAGCAAUGGUCUGCCCAUAAAUACACCUACUCGAUGCUUUUCCAGACAGGAACAAGUAGAUGUAUUAAGAUCUUGUAAAGUUACUUUACAAAAAACCAACGAAUAUAUUUUUGAUACUAAUGAAGACCUUAGAUUUGCAGUAGACACCCGUGUCUGUGAAUAUAGCAACAUGAGUUAUUCAUUGCCGACUGAAGAAUCCCAGAUACAGGAUUGUGUUAGGGAAUGCUGGAAGCAGAUUGAGGAGCAGUGCCGGGAUCAUCAGUCUAACAGGACUGUGCUGAAAGAAGACAGUACAGGCAAGGAUUGGCAGGUAGUCCGUCUGUUUGUGUCAUCUACAUUCCGUGACUUCCAUGCAGAGCGAGAGGUGCUUGUUAAAAAGGUUUUUCCUGAAUUACGAGAUUGGUGCACACAACGUCAUUUGCAGUUUAUUGAAUGUGAUUUGCGAUGGGGCGUGCCUCGUGACUCUACAACGCGAACAACAAUCUGCACUUGUUUGGAUGAGAUACAACAAUGCCACGAUGAAACAGAUGGAGCAGGAUUUUUUCUCAAUAUGCUAGGUGAAAGAUAUGGUUGGGUGCCAGAUGAAGACUCUGUACCAGAAGAUCUGACUAAGCAGUAUGGUUGGGUCCAUGGCACCUCUGUCACACAUAUGGAGAUAGUUCGAGGUGCCUAUGCAACCAAAAAUCCCAAUGCUCUGUUUCUGAUCAGAGAUCCAUCAUUUCUUGAAGAUUUACCUGAGGACCAGAAUGCCGGGUUUGUUGAUAAUGCAGAGUAUUGUAAAAGACAACUGAAGGAACUGAAGAGACACCUCAAAGAGCAUUUCACUGAUCAAGUGUUUGACUAUACUUGCAAGGUCGACACAGUUGAAAAUGGAAAGGUUAAGAUGAGUGGCCUUGAGGACAAGUUCGCCAAGACCGUGUUGGAGUUCUACAAGUCCGCAAUUACCCGUCAUUAUCCAGAGAAAGAGUUGAGGAACCUAACACCAGAUGAAGUGGAAAUGGAGCAACACCAAAUAUUCAUGGAACAGAGAGGUGCCAUGGUGUUUGGCAGAGACCAGGAAAUUCAAAAGAUGUUAAUAUAUGCAAAAUCUGGAUGUAAAUUUGUGGAUGGGGAUGGUAGCUCACCAAUGGUGAUUGUUGGCGAUCCUGGCCAAGGAAAAAGUGCCUUAAUGGCCAAGUGUGUCAGAGAAGCAGAACAUGCUGGCUUGAAUGUGUUCUAUCACUUCAUAGGGUGUACAGGUCAGUCAACUGAUGCUUCUAAUCUUGUCUACAGACUCUGUGAAUCGUUGAUCAAAAGCGAGAAUACAGAGUGGAAUGAGUUAAAGGAGAAAUUUGAAUACAGUAAAGCUGUAAUAUUACUGGCACAACUGUUGAAAGAUUUUGGUAAAUCUGACGAACAGCUGCUGAUAAUCAUUGAUGCUGUUAAUCAGCUCCGUGCAACUGAAGAUAACCUAAAAUGGAUUCCAACAGACCUUUGCUUUGGAUCAAUGCGAUUCAUAAUGAGCACUACACGGGAAGGUGGUGUAUUGGAUAAAAUAAAUGGUAUGCUGCCCUCUGCGGCUAAACUUCAUCUGGCGGAGCUGGAUGAAUCAGCAAAAAUUGAUGUUGUUCAGAACUACUUUGCUAGAUAUAACAAGAAAUUGGACCCUGAACAACUUGCUUUAAUUGUCCAAUCAGAAGGAGCCAAGAAUGUAUUGUGGUUGUCGUUGGUCUGUGAAGAGCUACGUAUCUUUGGAGUAUUUGAGGAAGUCACUCAACGCAUAAAACAAAUUCAUCCAUCACUAGAAGGCCUGAUAUCGGAGAUAAUUCAGCGAAUGAUUAAUGAAGAUGAAACAUCAUUAGUGGAACAAAUUUUGUGUUUCUUGGAGUGUUCCCAAAGUGGUCUGAAGGAGACAGAGCUACAUUUCUUGCUGGGUGACUGUGAAAGUAACGAACCAGUUGCUAUGUUGCCAUGGGCUCAAGCUAGACGUACAUUGAAGCCAUUCUUAAGGAACUCAAGUGCAACAGGAGGAGAACAGAUGCUGGAUUUCUUCCAUGCAUCAAUCAAGAAGGCUGUACAACAGUGUCUAUUGUCAAGUACAGAAAAACAGGAGGUUCACCACUUGAGACUUGCUGAGUUCUUUCAGUAUCAUUCUCAAGAUACAAUGAGGGUUGUCAGUGAGCUUCCACAUCAACUGAAGAAGGUGGGCAAGACUAAGAGAUUGGCGGAGUUUUUGAAUACAGACACAAGAGCACAGAAGAUGGGAUGGGUGAUGAUAGCUAGGACAUUACAAGAUCUACGUUGUCAGAAGCGGUUUUUAUCACCAGGGCCUUUUGCUUCAGUUGUAAAAAUUUGUACCUUCUGUCAAAACUUCAAAGGAGGCAUUGUAAAACGUGCCGUCUGGCCAAAUAAAGAUAUCUGCUAUGUGUGUGGGGAAUUUGUUUCCCCAUUCCAACGAAAAAAAGACAGUGAAGCCAUGUUGUGCAUGGAACAUUCUGAAAGGAAUUACGGAAGCCUAGAGAUGUGCUGUGUCUGCAAGAAACCUCUUCAUGCAACACCUAUGCAUAAACCAUUAUCAAUGUAUCUUUGUAUGAUUUGCAGUGGAGGCAUCAAUACUAGAAGAUGUACAAAGCUUGUAACAAAUGAGUGAGUGUUAAUUGUAAGGAUUAUAGUGAACUUGUACCCAAUGCCAAUGAGGUCUCACCUCAAAGUGAGUCUCAUUUUUAGAAAAUCACAAAUUGUGUUGAUAUUAUAUUUGGGUAAAUCACAUUAUAAGUUUUAAUUUAAUUCCCUUGGAUAAGCAGAUCUAGAGAUGUGAGCAUUUAAAAUUUAGGUGUAUGAGAACCACAUUUUGAGAAAAUCAGCCUCAGAGAUAAACUAACAUACAAAUAAUAGGACUAGAAUUACAGAAUAUGCAUAGAGAACACUGUUUUAGUAAGAAAAUUCACUUAAAAGUAUACAGUCAUAAAAUACACGUAUCAAGAUUGAAAAACAUUGAAAUCAAAAUUCUGUCGGAAUUUUUACUUUGACCUAAUUUGGUGAAUAUUUCAAUAUGAUUUCACCAACGAUGCGUCCCAUUCGUGGUGAGACCUCACCUUACAGUCUACCCCCACUUCCCAAAGAUGGUUGGCACAUAGGGUUUUUAAUUUGUUUUCAUUUGCCGCAGGCCGCACUUUGUCCACCUGCGGUUUACAGUAUGUAAAAACCAUGGAAAUGGUAAAGUAAUAGUAAUAAGUAUAAUGAUAAUAGUUUAUGAAAUGUAUGUAACACUUUUCACAUUUAUCAUAUCUCAAGAGCUUCUUAAUUGAAACAAGUUAUUAACUUAAACAUUUAUUGACUUCAACAAAACUGAUUCAAACUAGGGACUAAACAAAUUUUCACUGAUUGGUAGUGAGUGAGCCAUUGCAAUUAUUCUGUGGUUGUUGUAAUAUGUGAUUUACCAAAUUUCAUAGAAAAAAAUUGGUGUUACUUCAUUAUUGUGAUAUAUCUUCAUCAUUUUUGUUCUACAUACAGUACAUUUAAAGACUAUUUUAUUUCAAUUUUUAUUUCAGUGUUGAGUUUUUUUAGGCAUAUCCUUGUGCAUUUGAGUAAGGUAGGAGCAGGCAAUUCAGAAUUACAUCUGAAAAUUUUUGAUAUGUGACCUUUGUUACAUAACAACUCCCUGGUUACAUGUACCCUCACUAUUUUAAAGAUUUCUAGACAUGAAACUACAGUCUCACUGCCUGAUCUAUGGCCUUGUGUGUGGUGUUUUUUUUUUUUUAUAAAUUUGUUGUUUAUAUAGUACCUAAAAUUAUUUUAUGUUUUAUAUUUGGGGGGGUGUGGAGGUUUAAUAAAAAAGGGUAUCGUCCCUGUUGAGGACUUCAUUAAUAUAUAAGAUAUAUUUUGUAUGACUUUUGAGGAAUAAAAAGUAGUUUUUUAAAA